AUGUAUCAUUCAAGUCCCCAGGGCGGACACCUCUCUUCGCCAUCGUCGUUGACAAGGAGACGUUUCAAGGCUUUUCUCCCCAUUCUGGUGGCCCUGAUCGUUAUUCCUUUCUUCGUUUCAGCCUUUUACGGUGGUGGCAAAAGCGAGCUGACCCUCGUUGCGAAGGCUCGUGGGCUUUACAAUAAAAAUGGUGACAGUCUCACGUCCGACCAAGCCAGCCUGAGUGAGAAGACCGAGACUGGCGUUGACAUUGAGGAUGGGGAUCACAUGGCCGACUAUGGCCCUGGCAGCAUAAUCGAAACCGCCUACGGCUCACCAGACGACGAAUACGGUUCUGAGCCUGAUGUCGAGGACGGGAACGGCCCUGAUGAAGGAGAUCUGGACUACGACUUACCCGAUGCCGAUGAUUUAGACACUGACUAUGGUAGUGCCCCAUUCAGUCACCACCAUUCAGCAGUCCAUCAGAAGCCGGGCAAGAGCUUGCUGGACCUUAUGGACUUCCCAGACGAGGAUGAAGAGGAUGUCAACACGAUUCCUGACCGAGGCGACUAUCGCGAGCUCUUUUCUCUAACCACCCGAGAUAGAAGGUUCAUACCUCUCUUCAUCGAGGGGACAGGCGCAUAUGGACCCAACGUGGUCCCGCAUCCAACGAAAUUCGACAUGUGGAUUGUGCUUGCGCAAAGGCUUCAACCUUCGGUCAUGUCCACCACAUACGAACAGAUCGUGUGCACUGCCGGAAUCCUCAAUGGCGUUCUCAUCUGUGGCGAAGCCUUCGAGAAUUUGACCAUGUCGUCCUUUGUUCAAGGAGCUUGCGAGGGUGAUCUUGCCUACUACAACAACUAUUCGGGAGCCCGCGAUGCGAGAUUGUUCUACGGUCCAAGUGCGCCUUUUGUACUAUACGGGUCACAGUCACAACAUACCUGUCUUGGUAUGUGGCUCCAAGAUGCUCGAGCGUUACUCGAGCCUUACCAUCUUGAGAAGCCGCUGGCGAAGCUCUUCAGCCAGGCUACGGAAGUCCAGCGCCUGCCACCUCUGAAAGGACUCGAGACCAAUUACUUCAUCUUCUGGGACGCGGACGGCAAAGCCUAUGCGCAUUAUCAGAUAUGGCCAAGACGCUCGUUCGCGCAGCUGGACUGGGAUGGCUCUGUGGGCGAAGACCUGGCUCCAGCGGCUGCGAAACGGGAUCAGGUCUGCGUAGCGAGGUACAUGCAGACCAUCCAGCCAUCCAACGAGUCUCUUCAGCAAGCCAGCAACUCCCUCGCCAUCACCCUCUGCGAUAGGACAAACCCGAAAUGCAAGCCCAGCGAGUCGAACACCUUCCUCAUGCACAUCUUCCACCACACCUUUGACUACGACUCACACAUCGUGCAUGAGCCGUUCGUCAUGCUCUUCCAACAGACCGCGCCCUUCGCUCUCCACGCCAUCUCUCAGCGUGCGCUCUGGAUCCACGGCCGCCAGGCGCUGACGAACGAGACCGGCUCGCCACAGUAUCCAGAUCCGGAGGACAUACCGACAGGACAUACGGAGAGGUUUGCCGUUACUAGUAUCAGCUGGAAGAACCACGUACAGAGAUAUCACGGGUAUAUAGAUGAUACCAUGAUGAUUGGCGUCAGCGUUGAGGAUUCAAGGGCUGGGAUUAUGGAUGUGAAAGCGAGCGACCUUGUGCAGGAUUUGGCGUUUUGUUAG